AGAUAUUUGGGAAAUUUUGUAUUUCCAGUCCAUUCAUUCCGAUGCUUGUCUUCCUCUUCCCCCCACCCCCCAUGGAUAUACAGUGCAUGCCUUCAUCUUCCUGCUUGCAUCCCAUAGGCCAUGGGGUAGCAAAGCUAAGUCCAUCAUAUUCAUGGGCAAGGGAUCAUCAACACAAUGCAACCAUUUGCUUCAAGUUGAGGAUUUGCCACCUCCAAAAAGAGCAAAGGCCAUGGCUUACUUGGAAACCUUCUGCAACCAAGGCAAACAGAAGUGUUGCAGAAUUGAGGAAGGAGCCCAUCAAAGAAUCAAAGAAAAAGGGAACUAUCUCUGGAGCAGUUGCCCUGAUCAUCGGAACAAGUAUCGGUUCAGGAAUACUUGCACUGCCACAGAAAGCUGCUCCUGCAGGACUUGUUCCAAGUUCGAUCUCCGUCAUUGUGUGUUGGGGUUUUCUCCUAAUUGAAGCUCUUCUUCUUGUGGAAAUCAACGUAGGUUUGCGGAGGAAGAAGGGAAAGAUAGAGGAAGAGAAUGAGUUAGACAUAAUCUCCAUUAGGACCAUGGCCCAAGAGACAUUAGGAGAAUGGGGUGGAAUUUUAGCCACUGCCACCUAUGUCUUCUUAGGCUACACUUCCAUGGUUGUCUAUAGCUCCAAGUCAGGGGAGAUCCUUUUCCAUUUGAUUAAUUUUCCGGCAUCAAUCUCAGGUUUCUUCUUCACUGCACUCUUCACCAUCCUCAUCUCCAUAGGAGGGACUCGUGCUACUGAUCAAGUCAACCAAUGGCUCACUGCUUCCAUGCUAUGUCUGCUGCUAGCAAUUGAAGUGCUUGGAGUUGUGUUGGGAGGGUGGUCAGGACUGGAGGGAAGUGGGGACUGGGGAAAAGUCCCGGCCACAAUUCCUGUGAUAAUCUUUUCUUUGGUGUAUCAUGAUCUAGCACCGGUUAUAUGUGCUUAUCUGGGCGGCGAUCUUACACGCAUAAGGGCAUCAGUUUUGCUUGGUAGUCUGGUUCCGCUGGUAGCAUUGCUUCUAUGGGAUGCAAUUGCCCUAGGCCUCUCUUCCCAGGCCGACCAAGCUGUUGACCCUGUUGAACUGCUCAUGAGUGUGAAUUGGAGUGGGGUAUCAUUUAUGGUGGAUGCCUUCUCACUUCUGGCAAUAGGAACAUCACUCAUCGGAACUCUCCUCAGCUUCUCCCAGUUCUUCAAGGAGCAGCUUGAUAACCUGUCAUGGAAUUCUCCCUCCACACAAAUAUUACCACAGAAACCUGGCGAGCUCUUUGGGCUGAGGAAAUGGUGGGGAAGAAACAAAAGUAGCUUCACAGCAAUGGCAAUGGUGGUUGCUCCUACUCUACUUGUAUCAGCAACCGUUCCAGAUGCAUUCUCUGCUGCUACAGACAUUGCCGGGGGUUACUGUAUGACAAUGCUUUACGGGGUUCUCCCGCCAGCAAUGGCUUGGGCAAUGCAUAACAGAGAAUGUGAAGACACCAAUCAAAAGGCAUUGUCAAGAGCAAGGCCUGCACUGCUUGGGUUGGGACUCUUUGCAUGUGGGAUAGUGAUGGAGCAAAUUUAUCAAGAUCUCUCACUACUGCAUCCUUAGUAAGGAUUGAAGCCUCUGUUUUAAUAUUAACUAGGCAAUUGUAACUUCACUAUUCUUUGGAGGAGAACUGGGCUUCUCCCAAGCACUUUCUCCCACACUCUGUAUAUAAGCUUCCCACUAAAGUAUACUAAAGAUUUGCUUAACCAGAGUUGAGCAACAUAAUUGUAGUUAACAAGAGAUCUUCUGGGUA